AUGCGCGUCACCGGGGAGCUGCAGCCUGCACCGCUCGACUCGCAAACAAAGGAUGACACACCUUCAGCGGUGAGCCCGCAAACGCCAGCUCAGUCUGCAUUCGGAGCUCACGAGCAACGAGAGGCUCCUCCAAUCAAGAGAAAGCGUUUUCGCAACUCGAGCGUGCGGUCCUCGAGCAAGGGUGAGCAAGGAGCACCACUGAGCGAGCUACAUAUGCUCGAGAAGGGCAAACGGGAGCUAGAGGAGAAGCUUGCGCGAAUUGAGCGUCAGAUUUAUGAUAUGGAAACCUCCUACUUGGAGGAUACUUGGAUACAUGGAAACGUUGCCCGCGGCUGGGAAACACUUAUGCGCAAAGGAUCGCGUUUGCGAGAUGGAGCUGAUGCAAGCGCACGAGGUUCCGCAGCUUCGCAUCCGCGAACCCGGAAGAUCCUGGACAACGAUCGAAUCUUUUCGCGCUCUUCGGCAACCUCUCCUGUUGGCAGAGCUCACGGAGUUCGUCAUCCGAAUGCGGUAGGCCUUGCUGGAGACGGACUCUCAAGGGAUAACCGCAGAGGCGUUCCUAGUCGACAAAAGAAGAGACGACCAACAGUAUUAGGCGUGCCAAGCAUUCGCAUCCCCUUGAAUAUCGCUGAGAACUCUCCAGCAUCUUCAUGA